UUGAUAAUAGCGUCCGGUUAGGCAUUUUUCACUGUAUUUUUAAAGCAUUAGCACCUUACUGUAGCAGACAUUUUAUGGUAAGUGGUAAGCGCUGAAAAGUUGGGCUCCCAGAAACAAAACGUGAUCGAGUUUCUGGAUUUUUUUAAUUAGCUUUCGAAGAAUCUGAUCUUCCCAAUCUCUUGUGGAAAACUCUCUCCUGCACAAAAAGUCUGGUGCAGGGAGAGAACCCAAUCGGACGGACGGACGGUUGUCGCCGCCGGCCGCCGGCGUCAUCAAUUGAUUCCCCAAACUUACACUCUGAUUUUGCUUUAGGUGUGAAGAUUUUGCACUACCAUUGACAAGUGUUUGAGCAAGAAGUUCUUAUUGGAGCAUUGAAAAAAUGUCUAGUGAAGAGAUUAAGAAAGUUUCUCGUCAAGAUAUUCAAUUGGUGCAAAAUCUUAUAGAAAGAUGUUUACAACUUUACAUGACCCAGAAAGAAGUUGUGCGUACCCUCUUAGAUCAAGCCAAGAUUGAGCCUGGCUUUACUGAACUUGUGUGGCAAAAGCUUGAAGAAGAAAAUCAGGAAUUCUUCAGAGCAUAUCAUUUGAGGUUGAUAGUGAAGGACCAAAUACAGAGAUUCAACAAGUUACUUGAGAGGCAUGUUGAGCUAAUUCGUCAGAUUUGUCCAACUGGAGUGAGUUCCAUUACCUUGCAUAAUGGAUCAGAGAUGCGGCCAUUGCACGAGAAUUCAACAUGCACAACAACUGAAAAUACUGGAUCCAUUGUGAAGACCGAGAACAUGCACCAGAAUAUGAAUACCAGUUUGCCUAAUGUGUAUGGCAACGGUGCUUCCACACUACAGCAAUGCAUGCCAAACGCUGUUGAUAUGUCUGCUCAUUCAAGAAGUAUUAGUGUAUCGCAAAACAUGCCAUUGGCUCAGACCUCAAGUAUGGAAAUGCUACAAGGACUGAAUGGUGGGGGCAUGAUUAAGUCGGAAGCUGAUUAUGUUGGCAAUUCUCAUUUCAUGUUUGGUAGCAGCAAUAAUGUCCUUGAAGCUCGUUCUGUAAUUGCGGAUCCAUCUAUUUCAUCCUUCAGUAGUAUUGAAUCCAAUCCCCCACUUCAGAGUGAAACUAUCUUGGAUGCUGAUGCAUCAUCGUUUGGAUUCUUGGGGCAGAUACCUCGAAACUUUAGCUUGUCUGAUUUGACAGCUGACUUUGGUAACAGUACAGAUAUUUUAGAAAGCUAUUCAAAAUCACCCUUCCUAGCAACAGAUGCAGAUUACUUCCUGGAUCCUCACAGCAGGGGAGAACACCAAGAUAUUAAGAGUUUGGAAACCAUAUCAGAAGGUUUGAGUUAUGAAGACUUUGGCAGUGAUUAAAUGAAUUAUUGCAAUGGUUGAUCCUUUAAGUAAUGGGUUUUGUAAAUAUGGACUUUUGAAGGCAUUGGUGUUUUAUUGGUCUGAGGAAGAUGUAAGCAAUGUUUUCGUAGUGAUAACAGGGUGUUUGUAUGUUAGAUUGUUAGACGAGGAAAUCAGAAAUAUGCUCAUUUGUUUCAUAUGCAAAAAUGAGUUUGCUUUUGGCUUUUAAACCAGUAUAUGUAACCUAAUUGGGUCCAUCUUAUAGCUAAUUGUACCAGAUAGGUAUUAUAGAAUAGGAAAAUACAUUGGGAUCGUAGUGAUGCUUUGUGGCUCUAAAUUUCUGAUGGGAUCAUACAUUGAUCAAGCUGUGCAUAAGAAUUGAUGAUUGUAUAAAA